UCAAAAUGUUAGCGCAAGGUUAGCGUAAAUAAAUAAUAAUAUUCAACUUGGAGAGUUUUCACGUAGAUUUCCAUAUUUGUAUCGUAAUACAUCUUACGAAACUAUUUACAAUGGCCUUUGUGUAUCAAGGAGACUCCGAUUUAGAAGCCAAAGCUAAAAAAGCGGCGGAACGUAUAUCAGAGAACAUGCACAUAGUAGCGAACGAGCCAUCGCUGGCGCUGUACCGACUACAGGAGCACGUGCGGAAGGCGCUGCCGCCGAUGGUGGAGCGUCGCGUUGAAGUCACCAAGUUGCAGCAUGAGUUACAAGGCCGCUGCUAUGAUGUGGAAUAUGCUUUAAGUGCCGUGAAAUCAAUGGACGGUGCAGCGACGAGUUUCAAAAACAUACAAGAGAUGCUCAAGCAAUCAAUAUUCUUGAAACAACAGUUAAAAUAUGAGGAGUCUAGGAGAAAUAAAAAAGAUUCUAGUUCAGUGUAUAAACGUCUCUCCGCACAUAUUGUUCUUGACCUGCCCGAUCUGUCCGAAUUCUCUAUGGUACGGGAGACCACUAACAGAAUUGAGAAUAUGAUGGCUCAUGCUCGGGGAUCCACUGCCGAGUUGCAACGGUCACACACAACUUUACACUAAGUGUUUAGUUACCAUUUCAGUGGACAAUGGGCCA